AUGGGUGCCGGUACAGUCCAGCAACUUCCCGCUGUCCCUUCAGAUAUCACUCCCGAAUGGCUCGGUUCUAAGCUUGGGCAUAAGAUCAAGUCGAUCGAGAAUACCCGCGCGAUCUGGGGAACGGGCAGUAAGCUAUUCUACACCAUCGCGUACGAAGACGAGAUGGCUAGCAACCACGAGAGACCCAAGCACGUCUGCAUCAAAGGAGUCUUCGACCCCGAGAUGAUCGCGGCCCAGCCAUGGACAGUCAGCCUAGCCCAGCGUGAAGCGGACUUCUUCUCCAAAGUCGCCCCGGGCCUCGAGAACAUGAUCUUCCCCAAGGGCUGGUGGGGAGGUACGGACGACAAGCAAGGCAUCUCCAUCAUGGACGACCUAAGCAAGUCGGGCUGCACCUUUCCGCCCGAGGUGGCAUCCUACCCAGUCGGCAAGGUCAUGAACGGCGUCGAGCAGCUAGCCGGCCUACACGCACAAUAUUGGGGUCAGAGCCAGGCGGACCACCCCUGGAUCUGGAACAACUACGACCCGGCCAUGAAGUUUCUAUGCGCGCCCUGGGACGAGGCGGUGCGGCUCCCCGGCCGACCGAAGCUGCCGGCGUAUCUAAUGGACGGCAAGCGCUUCAACGAGGCGCUGGACCGGUACUUCGCCGAGCGCAACCCGCGAUUCCGCACGUUGCUCCACGGCGACACGCAUAUCGGAAACGUCUACUUCACGGCGGACGGGCGCAUCGGGUUCCUAGACUGGUCGGCUUUCCACUUUGGGUCGUGCUUCCACGACAUCGUCUAUCAUAUGACGGCUAUGCUGACGGUCGAGGACCGGCGUGCCCACGAGUUUGAGAUCCUGGAUCACUACCUCGACACGCUACACCGGCUGGGCGGGCCUAGGUUCGACCGACACAACGACCCCGAGGUCAUGAUCGAGUACCGUCGGUCGUUCAUGACCAAUGCCAUCUGCAAGGAGCGGGUCGCUAUGCUGUGUGAGCGCACCGUUGCUGCGUACGAUGACCACAAGGUCCUUGAUGUCAUUCUUGGGCAGCCCAAGCCGGCCUCUUGAAUGAUAAGGUACGAAGGCAAGAGAAUAGGACCUGCGGUCUGCUGUUAUCGGGCGGUGACAUAUCGCCAAGUUCGCACCGUUGAGCAGUUGCAGACACUCCCUCAUGACGGGCCACAUCCUUGGCGGAGGUCCCUGCCGAAUAGCUACCGAAAAUCCGGUUCCUUUUCCGAGGGGUAGAGUGCUUGAAUUUUGCUUUUUUAAUUGGGCUGGAGGUAAUGGGGGCCAUUUGAAC